UCGCGACAGGGCCCCCAACAUCUGCCUGCAGUGCUCGGAGUAGUUUAGUCGAGACUUUCAGGAACGCAAGUGUUUUGUACAGUUCUCUUAACCGAUUGUGCUUUUGUUGUCUUUAAGUGCUUUUAUUCUACGUUCGAAAGCUAUGGGCAACAAGCUUUGUAAAAAGAAAUCGGAUGUUCCGGAUAAUCCCAAAUCGCCAACACCUUUCGAUAGGAUCAUUAAUAGAUUACAUCUACGCCCGAAUUCGUGGAAGUCGGAUUCACACUUGAACCAGAAACAGGUCAAUAGAUGCAAAACGCAUCCGAAUGACCCAUCAAUCAAAAAAGAAAACAAAACUCAAGCCCAGCUCCUGUCCAAAUCCUCCGAUUGGACAGACGUUGCCCUGGAAGUCCCGGAAAAAGACGAAGCAAUUCAUCUGCGCAACCCUAAACUGUCUUUCAUUUUCGACAACAACAGCAGCACUCCGACGCCCCCACCAAGAAAACACAAGAAGGGUUUGAGGGAAAAGAUCGAAGCCGUGGCCAAAAAUGGUUUGCAGGCGUUCCAGUCGAAAAAACCAGUGGAGGAACCUCUCUGUGUUAAGAAAACCGUCAAGCACACUUGCCCUUUGGACGACCACGACUGUGCCAUCCACAACCGCAACCACGUGCACAAAACGAACGAAGCGAACAAGGAUAAGAAAAAUAUGGAAAACGAACUGAAACAAGCCAAACGGAGGAAGAAUUUGUCAGUUGUGUCGUUGCCAAAUUACAAUGAGUUGAAACUAUCAGUUGCCACGUUUGACGAUGGUGAUAAGGACAAGUCCCUUAACAAUUCUCUAGUGUCGCUUCCCACCGAGUCCAAGAAGUUGACAACGACAGCGUCCACAGGGAAGCUGGAGACGUGUAUGACCCGCUGUAGGAGUUUCGGGUCGUUGUUGCCGCAACAGCUUUUGGAGAAACUGAAAAUAAGGAAAGUCCCCAUUGAUAUAGAGAGUGACGAUUCUUUUGGGGGUUUGGAAGACUGGGAUCUCAGGAUUAUCGAGCAUUACAAUCCCAAAGACACAAGUUUGCCGAGACAAAAUGGCUCAAGAACCAGCAAAGACGUUCUUUCGGAUGUUGAAAGUUUAGUCGUUAAAGACAUAGACAUUGAACAGCCGAAAGCCCCAGCUCGGAGGUCCGAAUCCCUCUUGAAAAAAAUCACCAGAGAGGCGUCAGAAUCGGCAGUGGAGCGAAGGUCUCAAGUGUCAAAUUGCGACAGAGGUGUCAGUCCAACUCCUCCACCUUCGCCCGAACGUAAGGAAGAAACUACUCACAUUUCUGCUGAUAAACUACCGACUGAAGAGAACGGACAAGUUGAGCACUCUAGUUUGAUGAAAAUUCUGGAAGAAUUUAGCAUAAAAGAUAAACAGAAGCAGGACAAAAGAAGUGAAGAACCGAUGAAUAAUUCUCUAAUUAUUCCGAACAGUGACCUCCAAAAAAAGAUCGAUUCAGUGGAGGAUUUUCUCAAUAACGAGAAGUUGUACACUAAUAGGGACCUGCAGCAUUCUAAAUCGGGUAAUAUGGAAAUGGUCAAGACGUGAGACAGAGCGGGUUUAGUGCUGGUGAUGUCAUUUUUAAUAGACUGCGCUCCUACGUAAAUUCUUGUGAUCCGAAAUUAUUGAUUUUAUUUUUGUAUUUAAAAUAUCACACGUACAGAAUUAUACAAUUGUUAGGUUGUGAUUUUGUGAUGAUUUUGUUCGCUCCACUGUUUUGCAAAAUUUCGGCAGACCAAUAUUUGUGUCAUUUGUUGUACCUAUUUAUUUAUUUCAAUUAAAUAUUGACGUGGUUCCUAGAAA